UGUUAAAACGACGUACCCGGGUCGCUCUGACCGGUGAAGGUGUCCGGCUCGCUGGUCUCAGUCAUUCACCGCACCGCUCUGUCUGUCUGUUUAUUUAUACUUAUUUAUUCUAUAUGUAUCUUAAUUAAUGUAUAUAUAUUAGAACUGACGUCUCCUAGGCUACACCAUGGCCACGCUGAGAGCGCUGCGGAAGCUGUGCCAGCACGCUCACCAUCAGACCUGCAGUCUCCAUCUGUCCGCUUCACGACAAGAUGCAGUGGUUAUCUCAGGCAGGAAGAUGGCCCGUCAGAUCCGUGAAGAGGCACGUGCUGAUGUAGAAAAGUGGGUUUCGGCUGGCAACCGGCGACCUCACCUGAGUGUGGUGUUAGUGGGGGACAAUGCUGCAAGCCAUUCUUAUGUCCUGAACAAGACUCGUGCUGCAGCUGAUGUUGGCAUCAGUAGUGAGACCAUAUUAAAACCAUCUUCAAUAGCUGAGGAAGAGCUGCUGGAGCUGAUUGACAAACUCAACUCUGACCACAGAGUAGAUGGUCUUCUGGUACAGCUGCCAUUACCUGAGCACAUUGAUGAACGGCGUGUCUGUAACGCAGUCUGCCCAGAUAAAGAUGUUGAUGGCUUCCAUGUGGUUAAUGUUGGUCGUAUGUGUUUGGAUCAGACCACUAUGUUGCCUGCUACACCUUGGGGAGUAUGGGAGAUCAUUAAGCGCACAGGUAUUCCUACACUGGGUAAGAAUGUAGUGGUUGCUGGUCGGUCUAAAAAUGUGGGUAUGCCAAUUGCUAUGCUGCUACACACAGAUGGUAGACAUGAAAGGCCAGGAGGUGAUGCCACUGUAACCAUUUCUCACCGUUACACUCCAAAGGAGCAGCUUCGCCAGCACACACAAAUUGCUGACAUCAUUGUUGCAGCUGCAGGUAUUCCCAACCUCAUUACAGCAGAUAUGAUAAAGGAAGGCGCAGCUGUUAUUGACGUGGGAAUCAACAGAAUACAAGAUCCACUGACUGGAAAAAACAAACUUGUUGGUGAUGUGGACUUUGAAGGUGUACGAAAGAAGGCCAGCUAUAUCACUCCAGUCCCAGGUGGAGUUGGACCCAUGACUGUUGCCAUGUUAAUGAAAAACACCAUUAAGGCAGCAAAAAAUCUUCUGACUCCUGCAGAGCGGGUGCGCAUGGUAGCGUCCUCCUAACGCCCACAGCACAGCCACCCUCUCCUGAAGUUUCACAUUCCAUACUCCCAGCUCCCAAAUGGGAAUGCAAUAGCUUUAAGUUCUAUUUUGGUUACCUUUUGUAGCUCACAAUAUAGGUCAACUUAGUUCUGAAAAAUGAAUGUUUUGGAAAUGCUAAGGUUUUGGCAAAGUGAACACUGAUCAGCCAUAACAUUAGUACCACCUACUUGUUUCUAUACUCUUUAUUUAUUUUUUAUUAUAAUCUUAUUUUUAACGAACCCACUUACCAUUAAUGUGUGUCUAAGAGAGGGGCAGUGAGCAGACAUGGCACACACUUGUACCAGUGCAACACACACUAGAUAGUGUCCGUUAUGGUAUAUGGAGCUAAUAAAAUGGAUAAUGGGUUUGGGAACAAGGAUGUGGUGUAUUCACCAUGAAAAUGACAAACUUUUAUAAUGUAUCUAGAUAAUGUGCCUCAAAGUAAAUACAUAUAUAAAUAAUAAAUUGUACCAUUUGCAUAAAGAUUUGUUUUGAUGUUACAACUUGUUUUUCAGCUUCUGUUUAUGCUUUAAUAGACUUUGAUAGGAAGAUGUUUCUUUGUCUAUUCAAAUGCAAGCAUUUUUAUUUAUUUUUGGAGUUAAUGUAACAAUGUUUUGUGCACAGAGAUUCACAUCAAUUUUAGAAUUUGUACUUUCAUUUUGUACAUAAAUGUCCAAUCAAUAAUGUGCAUAAUCUAAGUGUACAGAUAUACAAACAGGUAUUUGCUAUUUGCUGCAUGAGAGAGUGGGGGUUUACGCACACAGGUGACAUUUUUGUUCAAGAAAUAAAGCUUUAAGUUUACAUCACAAA